UAUUCGAUCUCGUAGUAUUUAUCGACAAAUAUCGAUAAGUAAUAAAAGUCGUAGUUGUAAAAUCGGCCGAGAGAGGGCAAUUGAGAUGGGAGGAGUGGGAGAGCGGCGCGAGGAAGAAAAUGGCCGACAAGGCUACAGUAAAAGGGCAGGGACGUCGUGCGAGGUACGCGUUUCGGGAAGAAAAGAUGUGCGCAUCGCAGUGAAUCUCGCGAGAAAGAUCGUACAGGAAGAUUCGGAAUAGUAAACGGAAGAUUGUGCGGUAUUGAUAGGUUUGUCCGAUCGAGGAGACCUUAACCGUAGCGAGUUGGAUCGUUUUAAAAAAAAAGCGUUCGCGGGCCGAUUGUAAGCAACACACACGAGAAAGUGAGAAGGGCUCGCCAGAGAGAUAGAUCCAGUAUUAAUUUGGACUAUCACUAUUAUUAUCUACAAUGGCAGUUAGGUAGUCGAAAAAAUUCAUUGAGGAUAUUCAAGAACUUCAAGCGUAUAUUUAUCAAAUUGAAAAUGUGAAGAGAACGUACAUGAUGAAGCCACAAAAGAAGGCUAUUGUUGCCCGGAAGGCAACUAAAAUGCCAACGGUUGCUAAAAAACGUCGCACUCUUUUGGAAAAGACCAUAUCUGAAGUAAGGAAGGAGAAAAAAUCUAAGAAACAAGAUAAAUUAGAAGAUCCAAAGAGAAAGCAAGACACCGAUAAGAAAAAAUCAGAUAAAAUGGAUGAGAAAAAGAAGUACGAGGAAAAGAAAAAAGUCGACGAUAAGAAAAAGGACAAAUCAGAGAGAGUAGAGAAAAAGUGUAAUAAUAAGGAUAAUGAAAAGAAAACUGAUAAAAUAAUCGAAGAGGAGAAAAUUGAUAGAGAUGAGGUAAGAGAUGAUAUCGAAGAGUCACCAUGUGACAAUCAGGAUAAAAAGAAGGGACAAAAGUUGGAAGAUAAAAAUAAAAUUGAAAAGCAAUCUGUGGAUAAUAAAAAGAAAAUUGAUAAAUUAGAUGAUAGAAAGAAAUGUGGGAAAAUGGAUGAGGAUAGUGCAGAGGAAGUAAAAUCUUUAAAUAUCAUAGAUGAUAAGGAUGCGCUUGAAGACAAGACCGAUGUCCUAAGUUUGAGUUUAAAGAAGCGAAGCAAAGAAGAGAAGAAGAAGGAUAUUAAGUUGUCUAAAAUAGAUAUGAAGGAAGCAUUGAAGAAUGUUUCAUCGAAGGACAAGAAAUGUGACCGUAAAAAAGUUUCUGACAAAGAUACUGCCAGUCGAAGAAACUCUCCGACAAGAGCGAAGAAGACCUCGAAGACCAAAUCUUCGCAGAAAAAAAGUAUUCCACGAAAAACGGUUUUAACUAAAAAGCCUCACUUUUCUGUAGUUAACAAGUCAAUAGAUAAAAAGAUUAAACUAGUCAAAUCUUUAAAGGUAGAGGGAACCAUUACUGUGGAGGAGGAUGACGCUAAGAGAGUGAAGAAGAAAACUUCAUGUGCUGCAAAGAGUAAAGGUGCACAAGAAAAGAAACCAAAAUUAGCUAAGCCUAUGAAAGCUAAGUUACCGCAGAAAAAUUCUAAAAUUUGUACAGUAAUAAAGGCUGAAGAUAAAUUAAAAACGCUGGCUGAGAAAAUGAUUUUGAAAAAAAAAAUUGAGUUGAAAGUCAUCGAAAAAACAAUAACUGAAUCUAAGAAAAUUUCACACAGCGCAGUAACUGAUAGAGCACCCACACCAGAAAUAAAAGAUGAAGUUUUAGAGGAUAAAGAAUUAGAAAAAAAUAAUAAAGAAGAAAGUCCUAGACCUAAGUCACCCGAUGAAAAGAAGCCAAUGAAAAGUAACACGAAGACUGGUAAAAAGGUUGGAAAGAAGAUUUCUAAAGGAAAGGUACAAACCGAUAGCAACAAUCAAAGAUCUUCUUCUCCUGUGGAUUCUCCUGUGGAAGAAUCCAGUAAACAAUCUAAAGACUGCGAAGAUGGUUUAAAACCAGUAACUGGUACAAAAAAAGAAGAAAUUAAUAUCGAAAGCGGUAUCCAAGUAGACUUAAAAGUUGAAGCGGUUAAUGGUGGUAGUACAAGUGGUGUGACAUCGGCAUCUGAAUCAGAGGAAGACUUCGAUGAGGAUAAUAAGAAAAGUAAACAAAGGUAUUCGAAGAAAAAGGAGAGAUCCAAUUCGCCAUCCGAUGAACGUGCUAGGCGGAUGAGACUUUUUGGAUUUUGGAGUGGACCAAAGCGACACCGAGUAGCAUCAUUGAAUGCGUUAGCUAAAGUACAUUGUUUGUAUGAAAAUGAAACUGGAGGAGUGUAUCUUGGAGGCUUCUGUAAGCCUAAGCCAGAGAAAGAAAAGCAGAAAAAGAAAGAAGAAAAGGAUGAAAGUCAAGCUCAAAAAGAAAAAGAAAAAAAGGCUGAAAAGAAGCCAGAAGAGCUACCAACUCCAAAAAGAAAAUUGAGGAAUGUACCUGGAUUAAGAGGAAAGCAUUGGGACAUGCUGGAGAGUUCUUCGUCUUCUCCCUCUUCGGAUGAAGAUUAUGAGCGUGAAAAAAAUGUUGAACGCUCUAAGAAGAAAGUAAUUAAGAGAAGAAAGAGAAACGAAGAAGUAAUGGAUUUAAAAGAUAUGGUUGUGUGCAAAAGGAUGGCUAGUCUUAAUGCGUCAGCAAUAUUGGCUGCAUCAUAUUCGGAUGAAAAGAAUCGUUGUGGAUCUAGUAAUAGUAGUAGUAGUAGUGACUGUUCUAGCGAAUCAGAAGUGGAAAUUAUUAAAAGACGUAAGCAACAUGAUUCGGAUCCAGAGAAAAAGAAAGGAAGACAAGGCUCAGAUCCAGAUGAUGUUUUAAAACCAUCCAAAAAAGUAGUGAUUGUUAAUCAAGAUACAGAUGUAACCAUCACAGGUGUUUACGUUAAUCAAACACGUUCGACGCAUCACGAAGGCUUCUGCAGUAUCGCUGGUAUGCAAUACAGAAUCAGUUCAACCAGUCACACGCAAACUGCAGCUACAGCAGUUGCUACCGAACUUCAUGACCAGCAAAAGGCAGAGCAACCUUGUAAAUCUUACACGCCGUUGGGCGCAUUAUCGUCCAUGCAACCACCGGGUAGUCAAGGAAAUCAUCCAAAUAUGUCACCGCGGAGGCAUUCGGCAUUUUCUGCACCCCAUCAGCAUGGGUAUUAUCAGCCGGCUGGACCACUGAUACAGCACCCGCCAACAUUACCUCCGGUUAAGGGCCCACCACCGGAACCAACUCCUACGCCUCCUCAAAACUCGGAAGGCUCGGACGAUUUGGUCGCAACAUCGACGACUUCCGGUGGCACAAGUAGUACAGGUGGAGGAGGCUUUUAUAGGGCAUAUUGCCCUUCCUAUUAUAGCACGCCACCUCAAUAUCAAGAUAUCUGUUAUCCACCUACGUAUACCCACCCUCACGCUCAUCCUCCACCGUACUACAAGUACGCUCCAACUUACAGAAGGCAGUACUAUGGGUAUCAGGAAUCUGGUGGAGGCGGAGGACCGGGAGGUGGAGGCACGGCUGGUGGUCCUGGAGUCGUCGACUAUCAACCACCGCCACCGCCACCCGGAGAGUAUCCCUUGCCUCCGUAUUACGGGGGUUACCCACCACCACCACCUCCGGCUAAUCCAGCAUAUCUUCAUUCUCAGGGAAGACCUUUUGUAGACCACGCAGCCUUCCAGGGUUGUCCGUGCCCGAUGCAGUCAUGUCCAAAAAACGUGGAUACUGGGCCCCUUAUUGGUAAUGGUAAGGGAGCGCCAGUGGUAUCGGGGCCCGGUCUGUCAUUGCCGCCCAGUGCUUUGGUAGGUCCGCCCUCACCAGCGAGGGGGCUAGCCGGGCUAGCGCCACCUCAUGGUGCCAAUGCCUGGGAUACGGAUCGUGUCCAACUCAACACUUUACGCAACCUCAAUCAGAACCAACCGGCUGUUCCACCGACUCAUAAUAUCGUCGGUGGUCAUAAUCGUUCUCAGAACUCUGACUGCAGGAACAAGGACGAGAAGAAUCGCGUCGAGGACAAGUUGAGAAAGUGUGCCUGUCAGAAACACGGUUGCACGUCCACUUGCGAGGUCAAGAUGGAAACACUCUCGCCUAGCGAAAAGCUCACGGUUGGGAACUGUCCGAGCAGCAAGUUUCACGAAUUUAAGCUCGAGAACAAUAACGUUAAGUGCGAAUCAUGCAGCGUCGAGAUAGGGGAUAAUUUGGGUUGCGCGGCGAAUUGUAACGUUGUUAAAUGUGAGUCUGACUAUAAGUGCGAUAUCAUGAAGUGCGAGCAGUGCAUGAAAGAGAGCAGAAUGGCUAUAUUAGAGAUUGACAAAGAUUCGGGUAUUUUAAUGAUCGACGAUAAGCUUGACGCUGAUCCCGACGUUAAAGAAGAGCUCAACGACGUCGUCGUGAUAGGCAACGAAAAUUGGAAAAAACCUGAUUAUGAACCGACCGUUCAAGAAACGGUCGAAGAUAAGGAAGAGGUCAUCAAAAAGAUACUAUCAGUUCAACAAGAAGAAAUAGACGAAGAAGAAGAAGAGGAAGAAGAAGUAGAGGAGGAGGAGGAGGAAAAACAACCAAAGUGUCAGAAAGUAACGAAAAGAAAAUUAUCCUUGGACAGUUUGUCGGAUGGUAGAAAGAAACGAAAAGUUAGCAAGAGGACUCUAUCGGUUGGUUCGACGCAAGAUUUAACCGUUAAUAAUAAUGAUCAUACGAGUAAAGUGAUAAUAGCACCGAUCGAACCAACGCCGCUUCUCGAUAAGAUUGACGGUAUCGUCGAAGCGUGCCUUACGAAAAAGAAACAGACCAAGAAGGAGAGUCAGAGUCAUCAACAAGGACAAAAACGUAAAGCCGAGAAUCCAAAUAGUUCUGAAUCUGCUAUGAAAAAAUCAAAGAGUACGAAACAAACGGCAAGUAGUAACAACGUUACGAGUAAUUCCAAAUCUUCAGCUAGCGAUACUUCCAUUAUGGAAACCAUCGACAAGGUUAUACAGCAGAGCUUACAAAUGACCCAGAAGAAAGAUCGCAAAUCAAAGUCCAACGAUAAGUCGGAUAAUAAUAAAAAGAACAAGGCUACUAAUAUUUUGAAAAAGGUCGGUAAAAAGUUGAGCUUAGCUAAGGAAUUUGAAAAAUUAUCAAAGAUUGUUACAAAGAUCAGUCAAAGCAAGGGUAAAUCUGAAAAGACUACUACUAAAGGUAAAACGUCGCAAGAUGUCAAAUCUAAAAGUAGAAGCAAGGGUAAUAAAUCACAGGAGAGUAAAUCUAAAGGUCAAGAUACUAAAUCGAAAGAUAGUUCGAAGAAAAACGAAGCGACGACCAAAGCUAAGGCUGGUGGAGGCGAGGCUAGCGAAGAUUCGAAAAAACCAGCUUUGAUUAAGAAGAAACGAAAGAGUACGAAAAAGUCUAGCGUCAAGAGAGGAGGAGUAACCUCAAAAAUUGAGGACAAUUUAGGAGGGAGCGAACAUUUAUCCUUGACUAGAAAAACAUUUUUAAAGCCGAAAUGGAGCAACGGCUGGAGUUGGGAGGGUGAAGCUUUUGAAGCCAAAGUUUAUUUAACGAACGAGGAGUCGGCAAUACGUCGUUGUUAUAGUAGCAUGAGGCAUGAAAGUGGUGAUGUCCUGAAACCCAGAGACUGCGUUUUACUCAAGAGUGGACCAAGGAAGGCCGAUUUGCCGUUCGUUGCAAAGAUAGCUGCGCUUUGGGAAAAUCCAGACGACGGGGAGAUGAUGUUUUCAUUACUGUGGUACUACAGGCCGGAACAUACGGAACAGGGACGUACGCAAUGCGACACCGAAGACGAGGUGUUUGCUUCUCGUCACAAAGAUGCUAACAGUGUCGCUUGCAUAGAAGACAAGUGUUAUAUUUUAACGUUUAACGAGUAUUGUCGCUAUCGCAAGGAUUUGCGAAGAAUCGAGGAGGGUUUGGAGAGUCCCGGUUUAAUAGUUCCACCAGGGGACCAAGUAUAUCCGAGAAAAAAUCGGCAACCACCGAUACCGGUACCAUCGGACAUGGUACUCUUCUGUCGGCGUGUUUACGAUUAUCGCGCGAAAAAACUCGCGAAGAAUCCUGGAUGACUCGAAUUCCUAUAAGAUACUUCUUCAAAUAGGAACCAAUGGAAUGCACAAAGUUUGCAAGCCACAUUGAAACUGACCGCAGGUCUCCCCUUCAAGUUUAAUGGCGUCGUAACGAACGAUUCUUCUUGAUCUCUCAAUUUUUCUUCCUUAUUUAUUAUUCCCUUAUUAAAUCAUUUAUUCUUUUUAUUUUAUUUUAUAUAUUCUCAA